AUGGGGAGCUGCUGCAGUUGUCUGUGCUCAGACAGCAUCCCAGACAACCAUCCCACCAAAUUUAAGGUGACGAACGUGGACGACGAGGGCACGGAGCUGGGCUCUGGGGUGAUGGAGCUGACACAGACAGAGCUGAUCCUGCACACACACAAGAGAGAUGCUGUCCGGUGGCCCUACCUGAGCCUGCGCCGCUACGGCUACGACUCCAACCUCUUCUCCUUCGAGAGCGGCCGGCGCUGCCACACGGGGCAGGGGAUUUUUGCCUUCAAGUGUUCCCGAGCUGAGGAGAUCUUCAACCUGCUCCAGGACCUGAUGCAGUGUAACAGCAUCAACGUGGUGGAGGAGCCUGUGGUGAUCACCAGGAACAGUCACCCCUCGGAGAGGGAGCUGGCCAGGACCCCCCAGGCACCCAACAGUCUGGGGUACACUGUCCCAGGAUUUCCCAAUGGAUUUCCCAGCUUCCCUGGAGAGUCCCUGUCCUACUCCUCAGCUCGUCACCCCUCCGUGGGCAGCCUGAGGCACUCGUCCGUGGGGGAAGAGUCCACUCAUCCCCUCCUUGGGCCUGAGGAGCAGUCCCACACCUACGUCAACACGGCGAGUGGGGAGCAGGAGCCGAGGGGGCGGCACUGCAUGCACUCCCUGCCUGAAGCCCACCCUCCUUUCCCCCCU